UCCCACCGGCUCCAGCAGGGUGACAGCGCAGACCCUGACUGAGGACAGGACCGAGAGCCACUGACCAGGAGGAUUCCAGCCGGGAAAAGGGAAACUGGACAUAAAAGCCAGGGGGAAGCGUAAAUAAGCUCAAACGCAUUUUGUUUUGCGUACUGUAACUAAUUUAUUUUUGCUCAGAUGUCGCUAAAGCUAUAGGAAUUGGUGGUGAGCGCGGCGAACUAUGUUUGUUUGUUUGUUUGUUUCAACUUUAUCCAGGCAACUUCAGUAUCUCUGCUCCCGAGGAUUAUCACGAGACCAUGUUACUAUAUCAGUUGAUUUUCAGCGUGGUUGCAAGACGCUGUUCACUUAAGUAACUAGGUAAAAAUAAUAAUAAUAAUAAUAAUAAUUUUAAAAAAAACGUACAAGAGGCACAAAUUUCUCCCUUAUUUACAAGACGAGCGCACGUUCCAAGCGGUGACUUUGUUGUGGAAUACAUGGGGUGCGCGCUCACGUGCUCAACCCCUAUUACAGAUAAGAGCACAAUAGCAACAUUCUGGUGAAGGUGUAGCUGUCCGGACUCACGAGUCAACAUCUCAGAGAAACACUGAAACGUAACCAUGGAGCGUCUUCUCGGGAUACAAGAGCUCUCCUGAAGACUGCGCGAGCGUAUAGGAGAAAGUUGAAGUAAGAUUUAUCCGCAUAAGUUAAGACACCUUUGUGGCUGAACCCCUGAGAAGCAUCGCUCAUUUUCCCGGAUCAUGGCCGUCUCCUCACGGGACAGCUGCUUCUGGUUGCUCUGGAGACGGACCCUGCUCGCGCUGUGGCUGUGCACGAUGGGAGCGCGUGGAGCGGAAGAUGAAAGUGGCUUCAAUGCCGAGUCAUGGCUGAGGAUGUAUGGGUACCUACCCCAGGCCAACCGACAGAUGUCCACCAUGCGAUCAGCUCAGAUCCUGUCCAACGCUGUCAGUGACAUGCAACGCUUCUACGGUCUGGAGGUCACCGGUCAGAUGGACGCUCAAACCAUCAGCGCCAUGAAGAGACCCCGCUGCGGUGUGCCUGACAAGUUCGGAGGGCAGAUCAAAACCAACGUGCGUCGGAAGCGUUACGCGCUCACUGGACAUAAAUGGAGCAAGAGCCAUCUCACUUACAGCAUUCAGAACUACACUCCUAAAAUCGGAGAGUACAACUCAUACGAGGCCAUCCGGCGAGCCUUCAGGGUCUGGGAGGGAGUCACUCCGCUGACCUUUGAUGAAAUCCCCUACCAGGAAAUCAAAUAUGGACGCCGAAAGGAGCCGGACAUCAUGAUUUUCUUCGCUUCGGGUUUUCACGGAGAUAGCUCUCCUUUUGACGGGGAGGGUGGCUUCCUGGCUCACGCCUACUUCCCUGGACCCGGGAUGGGAGGGGACACACACUUUGAUGCUGAUGAACCUUGGACCAUUGGGAACCACAAUGUGCAAGGUAAUGACCUGUUCCUGGUGGCGGUCCAUGAGUUGGGCCACGCCCUGGGCUUGGAGCACUCCAGUAACCCCCUGGCCAUCAUGGCUCCCUUCUACCAAUGGAUGGAGACAGAUAACUUCCAGCUUCCGGACGACGACCGACAAGGCAUACAGCAGAUCUACGGUCAACCCAACGGCGUUCCCACUCAGGCGCUACCCACCGUGCCGGCUCGCCGCCCAGAACCCAGACCACCUCAGAAUCCCCCCCGCCCCAGGACCACAGACAGACCCGACCACUAUGGGCCCAAUAUCUGUGAGGGGAACUUUGACACCGUUGCCAUGCUGCGUGGAGAGAUGUUCGUUUUUAAGGGUCGGUGGUUCUGGAGGGUGCGGAGGAACAGGGUGCUGGAUAACUACCCCAUGCCCAUUGGCCACUUCUGGAGGGGUCUGCCCGGUGACAUCGAUGCCGCUUACGAGAGACAUGACGGCCGGUUCGUCUUCUUUAAAGGAAACAGAUUUUGGCUCUUCAGGGAGGCAAACUUGGAACCGGGCUACCCUCUCGAUCUGGUUGAUUAUGGUCGAGAUAUUCCCUACGACCGGAUAGACACCGCAAUCUGGUGGGAACCGUCCGGCUACACUUACUUCUUUCAAGGAGACAGGUACUGGCGCUUUGAUGAGACGUCACAGUCUGCUGACAGGGGCUACCCAAAGUCAAUCGAUGUCUGGGACUCUUCAGUGCCUUCUUCUCCCAAGGGGGCCUUCCUUAGUGAUGAUGGGGCAUACACCUUCUUCUAUAAGGGCUCCAAGUAUUGGAAGUUUGAUAACCAGCGUAUGAAAAGCGAACCAGGCUAUCCCAAGUCCAUCCUGAGAGACUUCAUGGGCUGCAGUGUGGACCUGGAUCCCGACAGAGACACUGACUCCGGACGCAAAUACCCAGACUUAAACCGUCCACCGUUCAACCCAGACGCGGGCCGUGAUGCGGACAAGGGCAAAGGACGGGAUGGGACAGACCGCGAAGGCACAGACUCUGACAAGGGCAAAGGCUCAGACAAGGACAAGGACAAGGACAAGGACGAAGACUACAUUGAGGGUCGGGAAGAAGACACCAAUGAGGUAGACGUGGUGCUGAAGGUGGAUGACAGCGAGGAACGAACCAUGAACAUUUUGAUGGUGACCAUUCCUUUGGUCCUGGUGAUGUGCAUCCUAGGAUUGAUCUACGCCAUCAUCAACACGCUGCAGAGCAAAGGGACGCCGCGGCUGCUGGUGCACUGCAAGCGCUCCCUUCAGGACUGGGUCUGACCCUUGGCUUGAGGAGGCUCUGAACUUUACAUACCUCCCCUCCUCUCACCCAGACCUCUUUCUGGUGAUCCAUCUGUGCUCAGUGGUUCCUGCAGCUCUUAGUAAAUGUGGCAGUAGAUCCAUGCUGAUCCAGUACUGAUAAAAACUACAAGCGAACAUAAAUUAUGUCUUACAUUUAGAGACACUGAUACACCACCUUAACCACCUCCCUUCGCCCAUGGUGCUCUACAGUGCGUUGACUGUAGUCUAUUUAUGACAGAACUUUGCACAUUUUUUUUCAUGUUUUGUUUUGGUUCCUUCUGUGUGAGACUUCAUGUUGUUAUUAUUAGUUCAUAACCAGGAAAGCUGUUCUGCUCUCUGUCUCCUCUGCAAGGCCCUCCUCCUUCCCCUGAAUCUCAACGGGGCUUUCUGUUUGAGGAUAUCGUAACAUCUGCUUAUGUCAUCUCACAAAGGGUAAGCAAACGUGUAGACAGAGCACUUGGGUUUGAAGCUUGGUUGAUAAUCAAUUCUGUCAUCACAUUUAGAUGCUUGUCUGCAGUGUAGUGUAUCAAAGACAUGCUGCAGGGUUUAACUGGAAAUGGUUAACACAGUUUCAGCUGAAAUCUGGGAAAUUUUUGUAUCUCAUGUGUGGCUUUGCUCAAACCCUCUGAGUCAGGCAGUUACAGGACAGGUGUUUUCCAGGGUGGUUUUGGAUUUUUCUUACAUGAUUGAUCACUUUAUUCCCUCGCCCCCCCAAAAAAAGUUUGGAUCAGCUCAUCUGCUCAACAGAGUUGUUGAAAGAACCAGGUGGACACCUUGGCGACUCCUUGGAUUUCCUUUUUUUUCCUUUAGAACUGAAUCCACCAUGUUCAUGCUGACACAAAUUUUAGAAAUCAGACUUCUUUGAGAUUCUUCAUCAGGAAACAUGGCUCCAAAUUAAGACUUGUUGAAACCUCUCGUUUUGGUGUUGAAUUGACGAGUGGCCUAGUUCACACAUAGCUACUGUCUGUGCUCUGGAAACCACAAUGGAGGAGCUGUGGGCUGCAUUACACUUUAAAGGUCACGACUGGCAGGAAAUGGUGAACAGCAACAAAGAAAACAGGAGCUAAAUUAAUUUUGGGUGAUUAAUUUAGCCGUGGUUGUCAUCCUUAGUUUCGACGUGAUGUUGAUGUCGGUAUCAUCUCCCCCUAAAGGCUUAAUUCAAUUUCUUUUCACAAUUUCUCAAAUAACUUCGGUAAAAAUAACUGGAGUAGUGAGACUUUGAGCUAUACUAGAUCAAAUCUCAGAAUAUAAUGAGUCACUCGUAGACAGUAACUGCCAAACAUGCUGUACAUCCCAUUUGUGCCAGUAUGUUGAGCAGAAGAUUUCCAUCUUGUGGUUUGUUGAAUAGGAACACACAGAAAUAACAAAAUCACAGCAGAAAUCACAAUUAUAUUGUGUAAUUAAUUUAUUAUAUUCGAUCAACUUUGGUUAAUUUCAGCUGUUCGCUUGUCAUCUUUCUUCAGCAAAAAAGAAAAGAUAUAUUUGUGCUGCUCAUCUGUGAGAUUUGAAAAAAAAGAAAUCGUCAUAGAAACAAAGACUACCAGCCAUUGUAGUUUCUGCUAUAUCUCCUCAUAAACCCAAUUCACAAUUCAGGCAAAGUUUAACGUCUUUAGCUUCCGACUAGGAGGAUUCUACUUUAUAUGGUCAUAGCUGUAAAAAAAAAAAAAAAAAACAUAAACAGUGAGCAAAACAUCUAACGUCUGUGCUAACGUCUGUUAGCUUGUUUUAGCUUUGCAUCUCAUUAGUUCCUCAAAGCAAAUCAGAAAAGCUUCACUGUGCCAGUAGUUCUCCUAACCUCCACAGGUCAUGUUAGGGUAGUGCCUAAUUUUAUUUGCGACAGGUCUCAAAAGCACGAAACAAACAUGCUAAUCAGGCUAAAACUCUGAUAUUUAUAUGGUCUUUUUGAAAAGCACUGGCAUUCAUCUCCUUUUCACAAUAGUGAUGAAUAAAUUACAGAUCUACAAUCUCAUAAUCUAGAAAUCAUGACUUAAAAUAAGAUUCAGGUUGCAGUAAAUGUUGAGCAUUAUCAAGCAAAGCUUAGCAUUCCUGCUUUAGCUGCUUCUCAGCUGGCUGGACCAUACUUCUUCCCAUAUAUGGGAACAAAUGUAAAGACUUCUCUGUCCUUCAGGGUAAACAGAGUCAAAGGAGAACCUGUUCCCUUUACAUUCAGGACAGACUUAUCCUCAGUCUGCCUCUUCUCUGUCAACAAUCAGGAAUUUCCUUUGUGCUGUACACGAGGGGGAGUAUUCAUUAUCUGAGAGAACCUUAACCUUAAACCGUAGAAGGGCCCAGCUAAUGUUCCACACACUCCCAAACAGCCUGUCUGUCGAGCACAAAUCAACAAUGAUGACCUGCGAUCUCGGUGUCAGAACAGUGGGGUAUCUGGACACACCAGGGUGGGCUCAUGUGAGCACAGGCUAAUCCUCCUCAUGAAAAACAGCAGGUGUGCACAAAAUGCCGUUAACCCCCUGGACCUUUCCCUUAAAUCCUUAAGUUCCCCUGUAUCGGAAAGCUCCUCGCUCCUUUUUCAUCUUGCAAGAACAAAGAAUGAAGUCUUUGUAAAAGUCAUUGGAUCAGCCCUGCAGGGCAAAUUAAACAUGAUCAGCAAGUGUGGAAUUGCUUAUUUUGCCUCAGCGCAGUUGUAGUCUAGAUUUUUAGAUAAAGUGAAGCUUUAUUCACACUUUGAAAGAAAGACUGCUAACCAAAAAAAACAUUCCAUAUGUUACGGUUUGUUUUGUCUCUUGAAAACUGACUUAUUAAAAAAUGACUAAUUUAGGUUGUGAAAUGAGCUUACUGUUUGGUGUUAGUAUCUCCACUGUCACAUUGUGGUUUAGCGGUAAAUCUGAGUUGAAGUGCUCUGAAAGAAAUUGUUUCUUAUCAUUACUCUGAUUUAGCAUCUAAAGGUGAGUCAAACUGUUGGGUCAAGCUUGACCGCAAAUGAAAAAAGGCUUAUCUAUAAGGAAGGAGCAUGGGGAGUGAUGGGUGGAGCUUUGUCAGGUUGCUCAGAUGUAACUGGGGAGUGUCUGACCGUCCUACAGCUGAAACAAAGGAGGGGGGAAGGGACGGGAGGGGAAGGACGUUGACUUUGCCUCCCUGAGGCUACAAAGCGUAGAUCUCAGGAAUAAUGAGGGCUGGACGGAAGAGGAGAACAAGAAGAAGGAGGGGCCAUGGGAGGCAGAUUUGUCUGAAAUUCUACCAAAGUCCUGGAAACUCACAGUCAGUAAGACUUAUUCUAGACGUCUCUCACUCGCUGCUUAAGUAAAACCACUUCCUGUGUACUGUUUGCACUUUUUCACAUUUUGUCACUCUCCAAUCACAAACGUCAGUGUCUUUUUGGUAUUUGAUGUGACAGACCUUCAUAAAGUAAAUCUGGAAAGCGUGUCAUGCUCCUGAUGUCGAUGCACGGUGGAAACCGCAUUUUGCUGCAGUUACAGCUUCAAGUCUUCUGAGGUUUGUCUCCACCAAGUGGGAAUCUCUAAGGACUAAAAUGUUUGCAUAUCAACAACAACAAAAACAAAUUUAACCUAAGUUUUAAAUCAUAUAGCAGUAAAUUAUCAUAAAAUAUGUAGACGUUUGUGAUUGCAGCACAACAAAAUGUGAAAAGGUUGAAGAGGAAGGAAUAGCUUUGAGUCUGGCCGUUGACCCCGAGGCCCACUGCAGGGUUAAGGUGAAGGCUUGUGUUGGUGGGACAACUAAACAGUUAACGGGACACUCAGCCUGACAAGAACCUGGAGAUUGAUCUAAGGCAAGUCAAUCCUGGUUGCUUAGAAACGGUGUCCUUUGUCCAUCUCUCACCCCCCUCAUCAUUAGUAAGUUGUCAGAGGGGGAGUGGUUGGCGGACGCAGCUAAUCAGCACUAAAAGCACCGUCCUCUCCUGUCCUCUGCUCCCAUUGGUCCAGCUGGGACAUCUGCGAGUACUCAGACAUCCCAGUGUCUGGACAGGCUCAGAAAGUGCACACUCACCGCAUUAGACACUAAGUAGCAGAUAGAGUUCAUCAAUCUGCCUUUCCUGUGACCUCCAAACAACCACUUUAAAGAGCGGGGAGCCAGCGGGAAGCUGAACGAGCCGCUGCGCCUCAGAGAUCGCCGCGCUCUGCCGGUUUCAGCAGCUUCUCGUUGUUCCGUCUCGCUCGUUGUCUCUGGACACCAAGCGUGAGAGAAGUAUUGAAAGAACUCUUGUCAGAGGUGAUUGAUGCGCGUGUUGAAGUGUUCAGUUAAUCAGCCCUACUCUCCAUCAGUGAGCUCUAUUUUCUGAUAGUAAAUCUUCCACCCCCUCUGCAUGCCCGGCCCUGGAAGCCCAGAGGAAUCAUCACAACAAUGGCCUGCUCUCUUCCUCUCUCUUUCUCUCACUCUCCCCUCCCUCCAUUUUUCUUUCCUUCUCCUUGGAUGCAUACUCGCACAAAAACAUUAUUGUCUCCCUCAACCCAAUCUCAGCCCACCUUCCCUUUAGGAAAGCGGUCCGGCCUGUUUUUAGAUCAGCUGUGACUGAAUUUGCUUAAACAAACACUCUACCUGUCAGCUCUGUUGCUUUCUUUAAGGCCUGGACCAGGAAGCAGGCGGUACACUCUGAGGGUCUCAGAUGCCAGCGUGGGGAAGGUUCGGACAUGCUGAGCUUUCAUGUGUCUCAGGAUGUCUCUGUGUAAACACAGCAUGCUGAGCGUUCCUGGCUCAGCCCCAACAGCCCAGCUUUCAGCACAGAAAGCCUGACGCCUCCGAUUCCAGUCCACCGUUAUUUAGAAGGCAGCAAUUAGAGGCGGACCAAUCGGAGAUCUGUACCUGAUAUCCAGCUUCCACUAAGAUGUGGUCUGCCUAUUUUGGCAAACCUCGAUUUUAAUAAUGUAUUUGCAUUUGUCAUUUCUGUUAUUGUUUUUUUUGGGAGGGUGAGGGGGGUAAAAACGGUGCAUUUAUAUGUAGCCACUUCCAAGCAUAAGGGGCUUGUUGAGUCAACACCUCACCAUGACGUCUCCUCUGAUGGCAUAAAAAUGGUCUGGAUACUUAAGAGUUCCACGUCUAGUUCUCAAAACACACCUUUAGUUUUGUUAGCAAUGCAUUAGUAGCAGCUUCUGUGUGUUCCUUAGCAACUCUAGACCCUGAAAUGUCCCAAAGCUUGCCAACAUUUCCUUUGGUUCAUGUGGCUCUCAUUCACUAGAAGCUCAGCAGGAGGAAGGAUGACGAGAUAAGAGGACGACACACAGUACAUGGGUCAAGAGUCCAGUCCAGAACAGCUCUGUCACUGAGCCACAUGAUGCCUCAACAUUAAGAUUUCUGAAUCCAGCAUGUUCCACAAUUUAGAGCAGUUCAAACAUCAAUCAGCUCAAACGCAGCCAUGUCGCUUCAGUUCAUCCAGCUUUCCUGUCAGUCUGACUUUACGCAGCGGCCUGAAUGAAGUGCAGACACAUCUCAACAAGUCAAAAUGUUUCCUUUUGAUCGUCUUCAUUUGCCUUUUAUGCUUCCUCCAGUUUUAUUUCUAAACAUUUCACUGACUCUUCCUCCAUCAGUAGUAACUUCCACACCAGAGAGUGUCGUUUGUUGUUGGUGUGACCAGGUAGCGCCGGUGUCCAGUGCAUUGUCUGGUCAUCAGCCGGUUUCUCCGUGCAGUUCUGUCUUUGUCACCACAACUCCGCUGAAGACGGACGGACAGCAAAGAAUCCGAAGAACAUACUGCCUCACUUUUCACUUAAGUCAGCUUUUGUAGUCUAGAUUAGUUGGGCCCCAGAGGACUGCGGUUUGCCCAGAUUCUCCUGUUUUCCCAGAAUGCCCCUCAGCUUGCUCACUGAGCCCAUCCACUUGGAAACCACUCAUUUUAAAUGGCCACUCCACUAACUCUCCAUGGAAUGGAACAGAAACGAAGGCUUAAAAAUGACUUUCAGAGCCUUGAGAGUGCAACAGAUGAGUGAUCAUCAUGCCCCAUAAGGACACUCAAGACUGGUGGGCAGGCGACCUAAUAAAACUGCCUCUAUCCUCUAGUUGCAGCUACAGUAGAGACUGGCUUCACGCCGUUUGACUCUUUGUUUCUGUUAUUUUCUGUAAAAUAAAGAAUUUCAGUUUCAUCUCUGCCUGAGAUGAGAUGAUGUGGAAAAUGUGUUUUUAUUUCAUUGUUUGUAACAUUCCAAUGAAUAUUUUGGAUGUUUUUUUUUUGUUAGAAAGCCUUUUUUUUUUUUACAUUUGUGUUGUGUUCAAUUCUAGUUUAGUGUGUUAACAAGCCAUGCUGGACAUGUACACAUUAAAAAGUGCUCUAUGAAAAGGAA